CAACAACCUUCCGGUGGCCCUGUUGGAAAUUCUGAUAGGGUUGCCAUUUUCACUCAAUAUAAAAAAACAAAACAAAUACAGUCUUUGGUAAACGCAGACCGCACAAUGAGUUUAUUUGCGAAUAUUAAACAGCAGAGGAAAAACCACUAGAGUAAAAAAUGGCAGACCCUGUAAUGAUGGGGAGCGGAUCUUUAAACUCCGGAAGCCGCUCUGGGAGCAGUAAGACCAGCACAAGUCCUACAGAGAACUAUCAGCUGGCUCGGAGACGCACACUGCAGGUGGUGGUCAGCUCUCUGCUGACCGAGUGUGGCUUUGAGAGCGCUGAGAAAGCUGCGGUGGAGACACUCACUGAGAUGAUGCAGAGCUAUAUCACUGAGGUUGGACGUUGUGCGAAGGCAAACUGUGAGCACACAGCUAGAAGCACCCCUACACUCUCUGAUGUGGUCAUCACUCUGGUCGAAAUGGGUUUUAAUGUGGAUACUCUUCCAGUGUAUGCCAAAAGAUCACAAAGGAUGGUCAUAACUGCACCUCCAGUAACAAAUGCUCCAGUGGUCCCAAAAGCCCUCAUGGCUGGACAUAAGCGCACUCAUCCACCACACAUCCCCAGCCACUUCCCAGAGUUCCCAGAUCCUCAUACAUACAUCAAAACACCAACCUUUCGAGAGCCUGUGUCAGAUUACCAGGUGGUGAGAGAGAAGGCGGCAUCACAAAGGAGAGAUGUGGAGCGUGCUCUCACACGCUUCAUGGCCAAGACCGGAGAGACACAAAGCCUUUUCAAGGAUGACAUCAGUGCAUUUCCUUUGAUCGCUGCAAGGCCGAGCUCCAUCCCUUACUUGAGCGCCCUGCUGCCCUCUGAACUAGAGCUACAGACCCUGGAGGAGACGGAUUCAUCCGAGCAGGACGACCAGACAGACACAGAGAACAACCCCAGUCACAUCAUUCAGGAUGACUCGGGUGCAGAUAAGGAGAAUGCAGUGCUGCCACCUGGUGGUGCUGUACCUACAGGGAAGGCCAAUGAGGAAAACAUGAUUGACAACCCAUACCUACGGCCAGUCAAAAAGCCCAAAGUGAGAAGGAAAAAAUGAAAACUGAUUUGACCCGGCUACUUCUACAUCAGCAAGUUAUGACGAAUGAUGACUUCUUAGCACUUGCUAAUCACAUUGUGCCCCUUGAAGUAACAGCAAACACACGGAGGAGUCUUCAACAACUGCAAUUUGGAAACACAGUGGUCCAUCAUGUUACUGACGU